UUUUUCGCUUUCGGUUCGGUGGGGUCGGCUGAGGGCGCGUGCUCGCCGUUUUAGUGGCCGCAUAAGUGUUCGGGUGUCCGCGAUACAACCAUCACGAUGGCCACCCGCGUCUUUGUAGUGGCGUGUUGUUGCGUUUUCGCGUGUACAACACUGGCCUCGGCCAGUGAUGAAGGUGACGAUGAAAUGAACAUGGACGAUCUGAUAGCGAGUCCUCCGCAAGAGACAACGUCCAAUUCUCGAACGCCAUUUAAAUCUAUGUCCAACAUACAAAAAUUGUACAGGUCGGCUAAAGCUAUGGAAAUGCCGACUCCAAUGGCCGAUACAGCUGCUUAUACCGUAGUGGAAAACGGCACAUCUGAUCUCGAAUGGCUAUUGAAUGUUUACAACCCUCACAGAUGGAAUCCAAUCAUGUUACCAGCCGCCUCCAAGCUGUCUGUCCAGUGUCGAGAUACAAUGAAAAUUUACUUAGAAUCUCUAAAAAAAGGUUCUAUUUGGGCUUCUAAAAUGGCUGACGCCAGCGGACGUUACUCUUCUCAGCUUUUUUUCGGCAAUGACUUUUGGCUGGGCUCACACACCCAAUGCACAGAGCUCCAAAACAAAAAAACCAAUAAAUUUGUUCCACCGUUCGAUGCAACGUUUUAUAUUGCGAAAUUGUCAAUCAAACUACAUGACCAACUGACCCCUCGAACUAGAAUUAUAUCACUUGGAUUAUGUAUGCCAAAAGACUGUAGCCCAACAGAUGUACAAAACAUGGUUAAUGUUCCAAAGGAAGGUACAGAUCAAAGUUACCGCCAUUACAACGUCGUAAAUGUCCGACCAGUUCCUGGAACUUAUUCUCUAUGGUCCGAUAAAAAAUUCUACCUCUUGAUUAUUUUAGUUGGAGCAGUGACUAUUUUGACUAUUGUAGGUUCUGCCUAUGAAGUGAUCCUUAACCGAAAAAAAAUAAGUGAAUAUAAACUACAGCAAAUCAAUCAAGCUAAUAAUAAUGAAAAUGAAACAAAAAUAGAAAUUACUUUGGAAAAAAUAAAGGCUAUGAACAAAAUGAAAAUUAAUGGAGAAGAUGGUGAAGAGCAAAAGGACUUAGUCAAAUGUUACUUUGCUUCUAAACACUUUUAUUGUAUUACUAUAUAUUCACAUAAAUUUAUAUGCGUUUUGAUUUAUAGAUUAACACCAGCGUACAUGAUAGUCCUUUUAAUGGCAGAAGUAUCUGCUCGAUGGCUACGAAAUGUAUCUGUAUUCGAGCCACAAAAUAACAAUCACGUGAGCUGUGCUAACUAUUGGUGGAGAAAUAUACUGUACAUAAAUAGUUUAUAUCCUAGUAGUGACAUGUGUAUGUUAUGGAGUUGGUACAUGUCGAAUGAUACCCAGUUUUACAUUUUAGGAAUCAUAUUGUUAUUGUUCUCUGCCAAACACUUUAAAGGAUCUGUAAUUACUUUAUUUGGAUUUUUAGUCGGAUCUUGGGUAAUCACAAUUGGCAUUGCUGUAUCACAUGACUUCAAAGCAAGAAUAGAAGAACCGUUUGGAUUAUUCGAUGAGUUGUAUGACAAACCAUGGACUAGAUUAGGUCCCUAUUUGUUCGGUAUGUUUACCGGAUGGUUUUUGUUUGUCACCAAAUGCAAGUUGAGAAUGUCAACUUUGACUGUUAUUUUGGGAUGGUUCCUAUCGCUCUUUACUUUGGCUUACCUAGUAUAUGGACUUCACAUCAUACACUUAGACAUUCCCGGCUCCGCUCUGUAUGCAUCCGUCGGUCACUCGGCUUGGGGUGCCGCCCUUACCUGGAUAGUAAUUGCUUGCUGCACAGGCCACGGUGGAUGCGUCAACUCAGCUCUUUCUUUUAGACUUCUACAGCCUCUCAGUCGCUUGACUUACUGCGCCUACCUCGUACACCCUAUUAUUAUGACCAUGACCAACUUCCAAAUGGACGGACCUCUUCAUUUACACAAUCUCAUUACUCUCAUCUUAUACUUUGGAAAUGCCGUAGCUUCAUUCAUAAUAUCAUUUUUCAUUUCACUGACAUUCGAGGCACCUGUUGUAAAUCUGCUAAAAAUCAUACUAGCACCACCUCAAAGGACACCUUUGAAAUCCUCCAAUGCCGUAACACAAGACUCAUAACAUUCAACGAUUUAUUUUAUAAUAAAUUAUCGAGAAUUUAAUUAUUUCCUCUGAUUUUGUUUAGUUUAUAUUAAAUUAUUUUCUAAUUAAUAAAUAUAAUUAAUUGUAAUGUAAGUUGUAAAAUAUAAGAAUUUAUGUAUU